GUUUGACUUAUCGAGAUUUCACUGUAUAUACAUAGGCCUACUUUGCGGAAAAGUUUAGUAAACUACACAUGUAGGCCUAGUUGUUCUCGAUAGUUCUGAGGAAGAGUUUGACAUGAUCUUAUUCUACUUCUAGAACUAAUCGACAGUCUAUUGAAAAAUUCAGGUUUUCGACAAAGAUGGUUUUUCAGAUUUAUGUUACGGAUAUUUCAAGACAUCGACGUCAUCUGUACUGUAGAGAGAGACGUUUACGUCCAAAUUUAAUAUCUGUAAAGGGGACUAGCCUACAGGAUUUGUGUUAAUUCUUAAUUUCAGCAGUACCAAAAGAUCGGCAGCACUGCAGCCAUGUUUGAGGUGUGUGCUUUUGUUCAACAGGGAUACGCAUGUAGACCUCUUGUGUAUUCAUUGUUAAUGAAUUAACAUAACAUAACACACCUCAAACAUGGCCGCUGAAUGCAAUCUAUCUAUUGAGCACUGCAGACAGUGUUGGCUGUCCUUGCUCCAUGGUCAAAUCAUUAAUUGAUAUAUGCACAAUUUUAAGCUGUGUGCGAGUAUGCAUAGUUAAGGCCUCUAUGUAAAUAAUGCAAGCGAGCUGUAGAGUUUGCAUAGGAAUUAAUCCCGGUGACACCAACUUCGCAAUUGGUAAUCAAUAUUUGGAAUGGCUGAAUUGUAAACAGCCCCAUGGCGAUAUCUGUGCACUGUAGACCACAAUAGGAAAUCUUCACAUGAGACGAAAUCGAUAUGAACCUCUUCUCAUUGUUAAGGCGGUAGCCUCUGACAAGAUUAUAGCGAUGGAGGUAAAUGAACUGUUAGCGGCCAUUUUGGAUUCGUGGAUUCGUGGACUCCGACAAACUUCGUCAGCGGUGGUGUUACGACUAACCCAUUGAUGUUUCAUCAGGCUUAGCUAGGUAUACGUACAUGUACGUGACACGCAACAACCAUGGGUGAGCAUCUGAACCCGCCCUUUGACCUCGCCCUAGCCGGCAGCUCUUUCUUCGGUAUCAGCAACAUUGGCGUGGCGCAGUGCCUGUCUGAUCACGGCGCCUCCGUGCUCGACAAUGCUCGGCACUUCGGGGGAGUCUCGUCCAAUGCCCUGGUGGCCGCUGUCAUGGCAACGGCCCCGGAAAAUCUAGCCAAAUAUCUGUACGCAUUGUACGACAUCGUGGACGAGGUCGCGCCACUUCCGUUUGGCGCGCUUUCUCAGGGCUUUGACUUCGUGGAUCGUCUACGCAGAGCGCUCAGUGAAAACCUACCAAGCGAUGCACAUGAAAAGGCCACGAAUCGACUACACGUCAAGGCGACCGCACUCAAUCAGGUCGACAAGUACCAAUCGGUCAGCGUGCACGACGUGGACCAGGGAACGAGUUCCAGCAUACGCACCCGGGGACCCAAACAGUUCGAGAUUGGUGACCGGUGCUGGAAGAUCGGGCACGAGGUUGAGAUCUCCAGCUACGAAAGCCGGGAAGAACUUAUCGAAGUUUUGCUGGGAUGUAUCUACGUUCCAUGGUUCCCCAGUUGGGAUCCACCACAUUAUAAUGGCCGCUUCUUGGGCGAUGCAACAUUAUCUCGCACCAGCAACCUUCCGGUCGAUGUAGACUUCAGCUUCCAUCCGUCCCACCGUCUCAUACGGAUCUCCCCGGACCCAAAAUCCCGGGCCAGCAUGCGAGACAAGCUCGCCUGCGGCUGGCAGGACACCACGGGCCAGCGGUUCGACAUCAGCGCGCUGGAGAUGUUCCGUACGGGCAACGGGCUGUACCCGCCCCCGAAGGGCCACCUGGAGGCCUGCUACGCGGACGGGUACGAAGACGCCACGCGGUUCCUCAAGUUUUACCACUGCUACCAGGACAGCCGGAAAGGGCUGGGUCCAAGAAGGGACCAGUACGCGGCCGUUCAUUCCGUGGACGACUUGAGAUAAAACUCGGGAAAACUGAUUCUCGCUGGAACAAUUUGAAACUCGUUGACAUGCAUGUACGUAGGACUACUGGUUGAACUCAAGUAAAUAUCAUAAAAACAAGUGCAAGCAAAAAGAACGGGAAAGGCUAUUAUAAACUAAGUGAAAAAUGAGCAUUCUUAUGUGUCAACAUCGAGACAUUAUCACUACCAAACACAAACUUUCGACGAUCCACUGACUGGUUUAUGAUUAAGUUUAAUAAGUCUACAACCUGCAGGGUUUAUGGCUUCGUCAGUUUACAGUCUGUUUUUGUUGUUGUGAUUUCACGAUCAUAUGGAGCCGCUUGAUGACUUCGUCGGUGUACUAAAAAUAGUGCGACUUCUUCAGUGUCUACAAACUGGCUUAUGGCUUCGUCAGUUUACAAAGUAUUUAAUGACAUCGUCAAUCCACAAACUGGUUUGGACUUCAGAAGUCUACGAAUCGGUUUAAUGACUUAGUAAAUCUACCGAAUAUAGCAAUGGCUUCAUUAGUCGAUCCACUGACUGGUUUUGCGAGUUCGUCAAUCCACAGACUAGUUUACAUGACUUAGUAAAUAAUCAUACAACCUGGUUUAUGGCUGGUUUUGUUAAGACUUUUAUAAGUGGACUGGCCUGGCUUAUGGCUUCAUCAGUUUAUAAACUGGUUUAGGACUUCACCAGUGUACGAACUGGUUUAAUGACUUGGUAAAUGUACAGAUAUAUUAAGACUUCAUCGGUCUACUGGGUGGUUUAUGACUCAUUGACUGUCGAUUUACAGACCUUUUACCUUCUUCUGUUAACAGACUGGCUUAUGAUUUGGUCAAUCUAUAGACUGGUGGCGGGGCCUAUGGCUUCGUCAGUCUACGUAAUGCAUAAUGACUUAAUUUUGUCUCAGAUCCCUUUUGUAUGACGUCAUCAUACAUACUGAUAUUGAGACAACAUAUUUACACGUCAUCGUGGAACAAAACAUGCGAAACUUCCGCCUUAAACAGAUAUCAUAGAUCACGUAGUAAUAUAAACAUCCACAUUUUCAAGACAACCUACUAAUUUAUAUAUGUUUGAUGUACGAUACGUUUACUAUACAGCAAUAUUGUAUCAGUUUGCAUGUGACGUCAGAGAAAUAAAUUAGACUACGACACCACA